UUCGUAAUCCCCCUAUCUUACACGGGCAAAGAAAUUCCUACACGGGCAAAGAAAUUUUUUUGUUUCUUCAACUUUUACUUUUACUCUUUACUCAAUAAGAGCCGACCAACUAUCCUGAUUGAAUGUUUGAGUACUCAGAGACUCUCGUGAGUCUGGAUACAAAGUAUCUUCAGUCCUUUCCACAACUUCUAAAUUGAUUUCCCAUCAGCCUAUCCAAUCGAAUUCCAGACAGAGUCAGUAGACACAACGGUGGUAGUGUAAAAUAAUUAGGAAUUCUUGAUAGUCUUUCGUACAAUCUCUUCUUCAAUCCUAGUAGCAAAAAUGGAGUGUCCUUUAGGAACCUUUGGAUACCAAGAUUUCCGACCUCUUACUUUCGUAGUUUUGAAUCCCAGAAUUUACUUUCACUAUUUAUUUAUUCUACUUAUAAAAUAAAUGUCCGAACCAAUCAUAAUCAUAUUAAAAUCAUAAUCAUAUUAAUAAGUAAGGCUUACUUCAUCCCUAUUUGUACCGGUUUGGGCCACACCCAAAGCCCGGAUUUUUAGAAAAAAAUUGACUUUCUUUAAAAAAAUUGACUUUCUUUAUAGAACUACAGAUUCUAAAAAUAAAGUAUCGAUAGGCUUAUCCUUUUGCCUCUCCUUCUCCGGGGACAGAAUUCGUCGAGUUAAAUCAGCAGAAUAAGAAAUCCCAAGUUUUUUGUUGAUCAGGCGACACCCAGAUUUGAACUGGGGAUAAAGGAUUUGCAGUCCCCCGCCUUACCACUUGGCCAUGUCGCCAAACCAAAUUCGAUCCAAAUAAGAUAAAAAAUAGAUUUCUGGUCAAAGACUGAAAAAUUCAGGGCAAAUUGGAACCAUUAACUAUUUGUUUUGUUGUUUUGAAUUAGCGAAAGGUUCUUCAAUUUGUAUCUCAAAUUGUUGCGUUUCCUUAAUGGCAUAACAAAAUCAAAUUGAUUUAUGACUAAUUCAGUAUCAAUUAUUUUCAAUAAUCAAUCUUUUUCAAUUUCAAUUAUAACAAUAUAAAUUAUAACAAUAUAUAUGUGUAUAUGUAAACCUCAAAACAGAAAUUGUUACACAGAUACCGCUCUUAUGUACAUAUCCCAUAUCCCUAUAGAGAAUCGUCGUGCCUUCUUUUUUCAUUUUCUAUAUGCAAUAGAAAAAAUAGGAAUUAUGAUAUAGUGCGACCUGACUUCUGUUGCCACAAGUGAAAUUACGAUAAAAGAUGUGAUAUGCGGACAGGUAGAUAGCUAUAUUGGCAUGCACUUAAUAAAUAUUACUCCUAUUACGCAAUUCAAUCAUAUUCUAUAUAUUCUACUAGCAAAAAAAUAAUUCGAAAUUUUUUUUGAACAUGAAAUGAAACUCAAAUAAAAUUAAGUAUGCUAAAAAGGGAAACUCUAUAUUGUUCCUGUUGUACCUGUCGCAAAUUCGAACUUGCGUCGAAAAUGCUCUUCAUUCCUCUGUCUCAUUUCCGUUCAUACGUAUGAAAUACAUAUAUGGUAUAUGGAGUUGGCUAAAAUUUCAUGUGAUUCAGUAAACAGAAUAUACAUUCCAUCAUUGCUAGAUCGAUCCGUAUGGUUCGAUAAAUAGUGAGCUAAUAAUGGGAUUUUUCAAUAAACAGGAAACUUAAGAUUAAGAUGCUCCGGAAUGAUGGAAAUGAGGGAAUGUCCACAAUACCUGGAUUUAGUCAGAUCCAAUUUGAGGGAUUUUGUAGGUUCAUUAAUGAGGGCUUGACGGAAGAAUUUCAUAAGUUUCCAAAAAUUGAAGAUACAGAUCAAGAAAUUGAAUUUAAAUUAUUUGUGGAAAGAUAUCAAUUGGUAGAACCCUUGAUAAACGAAAGAGAUGCUGUGUAUGAAUCACUCACAUAUUCUUCUGAAUUAUAUGUACCCGCGGGAUUAAUUUGGAAAACCGGUAGAGAUAUGCAAGAACAAACCGUUUUUAUUGGAAACAUUCCCCUAAUGAAUUCCCUGGGAACCUUUAUAGUAAAUGGAAUAUACAGAAUUGUGAUCAAUCAAAUAUUGCAAAGUCCUGGUAUUUACUACCGUUCAGAAUUGGACCAUAACGGAAUUUCUGUCUAUACCAGCACAAUAAUAUCAGAUUGGGGAGGAAGAUCGGAAUUAGAAAUUGAUAGAAAAGCAAGGAUAUGGGCCCGUGUAAGUAGGAAACAAAAAAUAUCUAUUCUAAUUCUAUCAUCAGCUAUGGGUUCGAAUCUAAGAGAAAUUCUAGAUAAUGUUUGUUACCCUGAAAUUUUCUUGUCUUUCCCGAAUGAUAAGGAGAAAAAAAAGAUUGGGUCAAAAGAAAAUGCUAUUUUGGAAUUUUAUCAACAAUUUGCUUGUGUAGGCGGGGAUCCGGUAUUUUCUGAGUCUUUAUGUAAAGAAUUACAAAAGAAAUUUUUUCAACAAAGAUGUGAAUUAGGAAGGAUUGGUCGACGAAAUAUGAACCGGAGACUGAAUCUUGAUAUACCUCAGAACAAUACAUUUUUAUUACCACGAGAUGUAUUGGCUGCUGCGGAUCAUUUGAUCGGAAUUAAAUUUGGAAUGGGUACACUUGACGAUAUGAAUCACUUGAAAAAUAAACGGAUUCGUUCUAUAGCGGAUCUGUUACAGGAUCAAUUCGGACUGGCUCUUGUUCGUUUAGAAAAUGCGGUUCGAGGAACUAUAUGUGGAGCAAUUCGGCAUAAAUUGAUACCGACUCCUCAAAAUUUGGUAACUUCAACUUCAUUAACAACCACUUAUGAAUCGUUUUUUGGCCUACAUCCUUUAUCUCAAGUUUUGGAUCGAACUAAUCCAUUGACACAAAUCGUUCAUGGGCGAAAAUUGAGUUAUUUGGGUCCUGGAGGAUUGACGGGGCGAACUGCUAGUUUUCGGAUACGAGAUAUUCAUCCUAGCCACUAUGGACGUAUUUGUCCAAUUGACACGUCCGAAGGAAUCAAUGUUGGACUUAUUGGAUCCUUAGCCAUUCAUGUGAGGAUUGGCCAUUGGGGAUCUAUAGAGAGUCCAUUUUAUGAAAUAUCUGAAAGAUCAAAAGAGGCACAGAUAGUUUAUUUAUCACCAAAUAGAGAUGAAUAUUAUAUGGUAGCAGCGGGAAAUUCUUUGGCCUUGAAUCGGGGUAUUCAGGAAGAACAGGUUGUUCCAGCCCGAUACCGUCAAGAGUUCCUGACUAUUGCAUGGGAACAGAUUCAUCUUAGAAGUAUUUUUCCCUUCCAAUAUUUUUCUAUUGGAGCUUCCCUCAUUCCUUUUAUCGAGCAUAAUGAUGCGAAUCGGGCUUUAAUGAGUUCUAAUAUGCAGCGCCAAGCAGUUCCGCUUUCUCAGUCCGAGAGGUGCAUUGUUGGAACUGGACUGGAACGCCAAACGGCUCUGGAUUCGGGGGUUUCCGCUAUAGCCGAACACGAGGGAAAGAUCAUUUAUACUGACCCUCACAAGAUCAUUUUAUCAAGUAAUGGGGACACUACUAUAAGUAUAAGUAUUCCAUUAGUUAUCUAUCAACGUUCCAACAAAAAUACUUGUAUGCAUCAAAAACCUCAGGUUCCGCGGGGUAAAUGCAUUAAAAAAGGACAAAUUUUAGCGGACGGUGCGGCUACAGUUGGGGGGGAACUUGCUUUAGGAAAAAACGUAUUAGUAGCUUAUAUGCCAUGGGAGGGUUACAAUUCUGAAGACGCAGUACUAAUUAGCGAACGUCUGGUAUAUGAAGAUAUUUAUACUUCUUUUCACAUCCGGAAAUAUGAAAUUCAGACUCAUGUGACAAGCCAAGGACCUGAAAGAAUCACUAAGGAAAUACCACAUCUAGAGGCUCAUUUACUCCGCAAUUUAGACAGAAAUGGAGUUGUGAUGCUGGGAUCUUGGGUAGAAACAGGUGAUAUUUUAGUAGGUAAAUUAACACCUCAGACAGCAAACGAAUCGUCGUAUGCUCCAGAGGAUAGAUUAUUACGAGCCAUACUUGGAAUUCAGGUAUCCACUGCAAAAGAAACUUCUCUAAAACUACCUAUAGGCGGAAGAGGUCGCGUUAUUGAUGUGAGAUGGAUCCGGAAAAAGGGGGGUUCCUGUUAUAAUUCAGAAAUGAUUCGUGUAUAUAUUUCACAGAAACGUGAAAUCAAAGUAGGUGAUAAAGUAGCUGGAAGACAUGGGAAUAAGGGUAUCAUUUCAAAAAUUUUGCCUAGACAAGAUAUGCCCUAUUUGCAAGAUGGAACACCUGUUGAUAUGGUCUUCAACCCAUUAGGAGUACCAUCACGAAUGAAUGUGGGACAGAUAUUUGAAUGCUCGCUCGGGUUAGCGGGGGAUCUGCUAAAGAGACAUUAUAGAAUAGCACCUUUUGAUGAGAGAUAUGAGCAAGAGGCUUCGAGAAAACUAGUGUUUUCCGAAUUAUAUGAAGCCAGUAAGCAAACAAAAAAUCCAUGGGUAUUUGAACCCGAAUAUCCGGGAAAAAGCAGAAUAUUUGAUGGAAGAACAGGAAAUCCUUUUGAACAACCUGUUCUAAUAGGAAAGUCCUAUAUUUUAAAAUUAAUUCAUCAAGUUGAUGAUAAAAUCCAUGGACGUUCUAGUGGACAUUACGCACUUGUUACACAACAACCCCUUAGAGGAAGGGCGAAGCAAGGGGGACAACGAGUAGGGGAAAUGGAAGUUUGGGCUCUAGAGGGAUUUGGUGUUGCUCAUAUUUUACAAGAGAUGCUUACUUAUAAAUCUGAUCAUAUUAGAGCUCGUCAAGAAGUACUUGGUGCUACGAUCAUUGGAGGAAGAGUAUCUAACCCAGAAGAUGCUCCAGAAUCUUUUCGAUUGCUCGUUCGAGAACUACGAUCUUUAGCUCUAGAACUGAAUCAUUUCCUUGUAUCUGAGAAGAACUUCCAGAUUAAUAGGAAGGAAGCUUGAUCUGAAUGAAUCAGAAUUUCUAUUCUAUGAUUGACCGGUAUAAACAUCAACAACUUCGAAUUGGACUAGUUUCUCCUCAACAAAUAAAGGCUUGGGCCAACAAAAUUUUACCUAAUGGAGAGAUAGUUGGAGAGGUGACAAAGCCCUAUACGUUUCAUUAUAAGACCAAUAAACCAGAAAAAGAUGGAUUGUUUUGUGAAAGAAUCUCUGGGCCCAUAAAAAGUGGAAUUUGUGCUUGUGGAAAUUAUCGAGUGAUUGGAGCUGAAAAAGAAGACCCGAAAUUUUGUGAACAAUGCGGGGUGGAAUUUGUUGAUUCUCGGAUACGAAGAUAUCAAAUGGGAUACAUCAAACUCGCAUGUCCAGUGACUCAUGUGUGGUAUUUGAAACGUCUUCCUAGUUAUAUCGCGAAUCUUUUAGAUAAACCCCUUAAGGAAUUAGAAGGCCUAGUAUACUGCGAUGUGUGAUUUGAUCAAAAUUUUCGUUUUACAGAUUCGGACUGAGAAACUGUCAUCCCAUUCAAUCCGAUUGGGGUGCCCCCGGCUCUGACAUGUGUUUUGGGAGAAGUAAAAGUAACACGAAACUCAGAAUUAUAGGUGUAUUCAAUACUUCCAAAUGCAAGGGGAAUUGAUCCAUGGUCGAUUCCGUAUAAAUAGGAAUUGCUAGUUAUACCUCGUGAAAAAACACUUUUUUGUGGAAUCAGCUAUUCCAUUUCUUUAUAGAGAGAUUCCGUUUAAGCAAGCAAAUAUAGUAUGGUUACAGAAGUCUAUCUAUCGCAUAUAUGCUUCAAGGGGCAUCAUGGGAUAACCAUCGAGGUGAGUAGGGACCUAAAGGAUCGAAUAGAACGAUAUAUAGACAAGUAAAUCCCUUACGAGUCCCAAAGUAUUCUUUUAAGGGGAUUCAUCAUUUGACGGGAAGUAGACUACUCAAAAAUCCUACAUUUUUAUUUUGUCAUAAGUAAUUCGGAAAAUGAAAGUAAAAAAAGAAGAAUGAAUCGUUGGUCCUUAGUGGGAACUUGAGUAAGGAGUAGUUCUUUGUUUGUAGGGUUUUUCGAACAAACUUUUUAAAUAAGAAAGAAUCCCCUUUUUGAGGUAACUACUUGAGCCGGAUGAAAGGAAACCUUCACGUCCGAUUUUAAAAGGGGGAAUCCAAUCCUACAGGAACCUAUCUCGAUUUUUCUUUUGCUAGGCCCAUAGCGAAAAAACCUACUUUCUUACGAUUACGAGGUUUAUUCGAAUAUGAAAUCCAAUCUCGGAAAUACAGCAUACCACUUUUUUUUACUACCCAAGGCUUCGAGACAUUUCGAAAUCGAGAAAUCUCUACAGGAGCAGGUGCUAUCAGAGAACAAUUAGCCGAUUCAGAUUUGCGAAUUAUUACGGGUAAUUCAUUAGUAGAAUGGAAGGAAUUAGGGGAGGAGGGGUCCACUGGAAAUGAAUGGGAAGAUAGAAAAAUUAGAAGAAGAAAGGAUUUUUUGGUUAGACGCAUGGAAUUAGCUAAACAUUUUAUUCGAACAAAUGUAGAACCAGAAUGGAUGGUUUUGUGCUUAUUACCAGUUCUUCCUCCCGAGUUGAGACCAAUCAUUCAGAUAGAUGGGGGUAAACUAAUGAGUUCGGAUAUUAAUGAACUCUAUAGACGAGUUAUCUAUCGGAAUAAUACUCUUACCGAUCUAUUAGCAACAAGUAGAUCUACGCCAGGGGAAUUAGUAAUGUGUCAGGAGAAAUUGGUACAAGAGGCCGUGGAUACACUUCUUGAUAAUGGGAUCCGUGGACAACCAAUGAGGGAUGGUCAUAAUAAAGUUUACAAGUCAUUUUCAGAUGUAAUUGAAGGCAAAGAGGGAAGAUUUCGUGAGACUCUGCUUGGUAAACGUGUCGAUUAUUCGGGACGUUCCGUCAUUGUCGUGGGUCCUUCGCUUUCAUUACAUCAGUGUGGAUUACCUCGAGAAAUAGCAAUAGAGCUUUUCCAAACAUUUGUAAUUCGUGGUCUAAUCAGACAACAUGUUGCUUCUAACAUAGGAAUUGCUAAAAGUAAAAUUCGGGAAAAAGAACCCAUUGUAUGGGAAAUACUUCAAGAAGUUAUGCGGGGGCAUCCUGUAUUAUUGAAUAGAGCACCCACCCUGCACAGAUUAGGCAUACAGGCGUUCCAACCCUUUUUAGUGGAGGGACGCGCUAUUUGUUUACAUCCAUUAGUUUGUAAGGGUUUCAAUGCAGACUUUGAUGGGGAUCAAAUGGCUGUUCAUGUACCUUUAUCUUUGGAAGCUCAAGCGGAGGCUCGUUUACUUAUGUUUUCUCAUAUGAAUCUCUUGUCUCCAGCUAUUGGGGAUCCUAUUUCCGUACCAACUCAAGAUAUGCUUAUCGGACUCUAUUUAUUAACGAUCGGGAAUCGUCGAGGUAUUUGUGCAAA